GAAGAGACAGAAAUGUGGAAAAUAAGGGAGUGGGAGAAGCAGACAGAAGAGACUUACUGGAAAAGGCAAAGCAGAAUGCUGUCGGACACCUCCAGCAGUCGGAUGCGCAGUGAUGGCUUUGAUGAGGAGGGCCACAGGGCUGACUGGAAAACAAAGAACUCACAAUUUCUUGACCUAGUCGAAGAUGAUCUCCUUAGGGCCCGAUCCUGGAAUAAAAAGCUGUAUGAAUGUGAAGCCAGCAUGCCAGACAGAUGGGGUCACAGUGGCUAUAAAGAGUUGUACCCUGAAGAAUUUGAUACAGAUAGUGACCAGCAAGAAGGAAAUGAACAAACUGCUGUCAAUGGGAAGAAGAAAUCUCACAUGGGAAAGCAAACUGCCCGUGAGUCGCACAAACGGAAAAAAACAAAGAAAUCACACAAGAAGAAGCAAAAAAAGCGAUCACACAAAAAGCGAAAGAAAAAGAAAAAGGAGCAGGGGAGAACAUCAUCAGAUUCUUCCCAGGAGAGCGAGUGCUCAGAAGAGGAGACUUCAAGCACCCGGAAAGGGAAACACAAGCGCAAGAAAAAGACCAGGAAAGUGCCUGCCAGGGAACCUACCUCUUCUUCUGGGCAGGAAAGUGACUUUUCUCAUGCAAGCAGCUCAACCACCAGCAGCUCUGAGGACAGUGAAUCUGAGGAGAAAAAAGAGAAACGGCCCCCAAAAAAGAGAAGGAAACGUCACAAUUCUACGUCAGAGAGGCACAGUGAAGUACCAGAGAAGAAAAGCAAGAGGAAGAACUGGAAAGUGGCUGCUGAUGAAAAAUCAGAGGAUAGCUCAGAUGAGGACUGAUCGGUCUGCAGCUCAAACAAUAAGGUAGAGGACAGAGGCAGGUAUUUGUCUUUCAGCACUG